AUGUCUGACGCUGCUGAGACCAAACCUGAACCCACUACCAACUCCCCCGAGCAGAAGACAGAGACUGAGGCCCCGAAGCCACAAGAGGAGAAGUCGGCGACGGAAACUGCUACUGAGAAGGUGGUAGAGGGUACUGCUAAGACAUCUGACAACAUCUUCUCCAUGUUCGGUGGUGGUCCCAAGAAGGAGAAGAAGGAGGAGCCUGAGGAAGAAGUUAAUGAGCCUUCUGGUUCUUCUAAGGCGAAGAAGGAGGAGGAGAAUGAGGAUGAGGCCCCAGAGUCUCCCGAUGUCCACUUCGAGCCCGUCAUCCACCUGACCGAGAAGGUUGAUGUUAAAACCAACGAAGAACUCGAGGACCAGGUCUUCAAGAUGCGCGCCAAGCUUUUCAGAUUCGACCAUGAGGCCAAGGAGUGGAAGGAGCGCGGCACUGGUGAUGUUAGAUUGCUGAAGCACAAGGAGAAUGGCAAGACUCGGCUGGUGAUGCGCAGAGACAAGACCCUCAAGGUCUGCGCUAACCACUACAUUGUUCCCGAGAUGAAGCUGUCCUCCAACGUGGGCAGUGAUCGCAGCUGGGUCUGGAACGCAACUGCGGAUGUCAGUGAGGGUGAACCUGAGGCGCAGACUUUGGCCAUCCGCUUCGCCAACAGUGAAAAUGCCAAUCUUUUCAAGGAAGCUUUCGAGAAGGCUGCACUGGAGAAUGAGAAGCUCCUCUCCAAGCAGUAA